AUGGCGCCUGUUGGCUCUUAUCUCACUGGCCUUCCGAUUCUUCACAGCAAAAAGAGCUAUCAGCAUUCGCUAGUUGCCAUCAGGGCCCUUCUGGAUGAACAUGACCUUCUUAAGUACAUCGAGUCUGACCUGCCUGCUCCUGUUGACCCCACUGCCUUCCUCCGAGCAGUGGCGAAAGGGCCGAGCCUCUCUGCCUAUGACAUCGUUAUCAACAUUUCCUUCGUGCGGAUAGGAGAACAAUCAGGGCCUGAAGACCAGCAAGUACCUGGUGUUGCAUGUUUCUCUUUAUUCGACCUUUACCUUCAGACGUUCAGUCACUCUGCGGAGGAGAUCUUCCGCAAGAUUGUCAAGUCUUCAAAAGGGUGCCCACUUAAGAAGCAUAAGACGGGCGGCCGGGCGGUUGGCAGUUUUCUUUCGUUGACUUAUGUCAGUUUUGAGGAAGGUAUCAGGCAAUAA